GCCUAAAGCAACUCGACAAGGACGGCGAUGUUGGAUUUGUGCUCUAUAUUCCACAAGGGGGGGAUUGUGCUUUGGUCUCGAUCCUUUACCCCGGAGGCGUCAGCCCUAGCCACGUCCGCCGCUUCCCCCGUAAAUUCACUUGUGCGCGACGCCCUCAUUGAAGGAAGGACAGGCGAGGACAAAUACGAGAAGGAUGGCUACGCGGUCAAAUGGACGCUCGUAAACGAUCUUGAGCUCAUUUUCGUCGUUGCUUAUCAGCGCAUACUCCAACUGACCUACGUGGAAGACCUCCUCACGGCACUCAAGGCCAUUUUUGUCAAGCUCUACGGCCCCUUCCUAACCACUUUCGUCGCAUCCCUCCAUGCCGUGAACCCCACAGAAGUACCGGCCUCAUGGGACUUUGCCAGCGUCUUUGCAGGAUGGGACCAAGUCUUUGACAAAGUGCUGCGCGAAUUUGAGGAUAAGGACCGCAAGUCCAGACUGCGUGCCCCAGCACGAGCGGUCCCCCUCGAAGCCACCAUCAGCGCCACGUCAGAGGACUCCAGCACCGAGCCUGCACACGAAAUAGAGGUCGCCGAGGACGGCCAGGCAAUCGCGCGAAAUGUGCAAGCGCUCAAAAACCGCUUGCGCGGCAAAGGCGCGCGUCGGGGGAGCCACCGAGGAGGCGCUGGAGGACGCGAAAGCGCACCCAGCUCUGAUACGGAGGCUACCCCCAAGAAAUCGAAAGCGAAGAAAACGCAGCGUAAAUGGGGCGAUCAGCCCGUCACCGAAGACGACAUGGCGCAGCUGGACUACAGCGGCGCGGGGAAGGCUGCGGACGCCAGCUCCCUUGAUAUCAGCGCGCUCGUCGACUCCGCGUCGCUCGGCACGCGCACGCGCGAUGGCAUGUACGAGGUCAAGGACUGGGAAUUCGCACGCGAUGCGGAUGCGGCGAUCGCGAGCGCGCUGGGCAGCAAGGACGGCGACAAAGCAGGCGGGUCGCUGGGCGCGCUCGGAUCACUAUUCGCGCGCUUCACGGGCGGGAAGGUGCUGACGGCGGCGGACCUGCAGCCCGUUCUCGAGGCGAUGAAGCAGCAUUUGAUGAAGAAGAAUGUCGCGAGGGAGAUCGCGGACAAGGUUUGCGAAGGCGUUGGCGAGAGCCUUGUUGGGAAGAAAGUUGGCGGGUUCCAGACUACGAACGCUGCCGUCCGCUCUGCGCUCUCGUCGUCACUGACCCAGAUCCUGACGCCGAAGACCUCCACCGACAUGCUGCUUUCUAUCCGCACAAAGCUGAGCGCACCAGCUCCAGCCCGCGCACCCUACACCAUCGCUUUCGUCGGGGUCAACGGUGUCGGCAAGAGUACCAACCUUUCGAAGGUCUGCUUCUGGCUCAUUCAGAACGGGCUGCGCGUCCUCAUCGCAGCAUGCGACACCUUCCGAAGCGGUGCUGUAGAGCAACUGCGCGUGCACGUCCGCAACCUCGGCAUGCUGGGCGUCAAUGGAGCCGCAGAUAGCAAAGGACGCGUAGAGCUGUUCGAGCGUGGCUAUGGGAAGGACGCGGCUGCUAUCGGGAAGGAGGCGAUCCAGUAUGCCAAAGACAACGACUUCGACGUAGUCCUCAUCGACACCGCAGGCCGCAUGCAAGACAACGAGCCCCUCAUGCGCGCCCUCGCUAAGCUCGUCGCCGUCAACAAUCCAGACAAGAUCGUCUUCGUCGGCGAGGCGCUCGUCGGCAACGAGGCCGUCGACCAGCUCACUAAGUUUGACCGCGCCCUGCGCGAUUUCUCCUCCAUGUCUGGCGUGGGGCGCGGGAUCGACGGCAUGUUGGUGACGAAGUGGGAUACGGUGGACGAUAAGGUCGGCGCCGCAUUAUCGAUGACCUAUAUCACGGGCCAGCCAAUCCUGUUUGUUGGUUGUGGGCAGACGUAUACCGACCUACGACAAUUGCGUGUGCAAAACGUCGUGCAGGCCAUCCUUGGCGAUUGAAUGGAUGGCUUACCUCGAGGACAGUCUUACUGUGUACCUUCGCGCGAACAUAUCUAUCGUAUAGUUUGUAUAAAUGAGGCAUAUGUACGCAUGCUCUAUCUUGUUGUGGGAAAUGCAUGUGGUGAUUACAAGUGAGCGAUAUAGUAGGUUCGAC